CUCGGACCCAAUUCCAGGCCAGUCAAAAACACUCAUCUGUCAAAUGAAUCUGACAACAGAACAUUUUGUAGUAACUAGAAAAAGAAAAGUGAUUUAAACAAUUGUGAUAUUGAUAAAUAGUGAUUAAGAUAUGGCAUUAGCUAGAAAAUUAACAGUGAAAAUAUAUGAAAUAAAAGCCCACACAGAAAAGGUAACGUGCUUGGAUCUGGGCGAGACGGGGCGGGUGCUGGUGACGGGCGGACAAGAUCGAAAUGUUAACUUGUGGGCAAUCGGCGAGGAGAAAUGUUUUAUGUCCCUUACGGGCCACAAUGGGGGGAUCGACUGCGUGCGGUUCGCUUACAACGACGACUUUGUGUACUCGGCCGAUGACAUUGGGAUCAUUCGACGCUGGGACCUGAACGCCCAGACCAUUUGCUCAACGCUCAACGGGCACAUGAAAAGCGUGAAGACGCUGGAUUUCAACCCGUCGGGCGAAUAUGUGGUGUCGGGGAGUAACGACACAACCGUCAGGCUCUGGGAUGUUCGUAAUCAAAACAAAUGCAUAAAAAAAUAUCGUGGUCAUGUAGGGUAUGUUAAUUCGGUGAAAUUCUCACCGGAUGGGUUAUGGAUUGCAUCAGCCGGGGCUGAAGGUUCUAUUAUUAUAUGGGAUAUCCGGGAAAGUAAACAGAUCGCUCAAUUUACUGAACGUUCUUCCCCGGUUACGUGCAUUCAAUUCCAUCCAUUCGAGUUUCUUCUGGCUGCCGGCAGACAAGAUGGAACCGUUUGUCUUUACGACUUGGAAAAUAUGCAACUAAUCUCGAAAACAGAUAAAAUGGGUUCAACAAAUGGUCAUAGUGUGAAGUGCAUUAUGUUUAGUGAUAAUGGCGAGUGCCUUUUCGUUGGAACGGCGGCCGGAAUAUCUGUCAUCGGCUGGGAACCAGACAGAGAAUUCGAUCAUGUCGAAUCAACAUGGACUAAUCUAGGAGAUAUGAAAAUAUGCAAAAGGAAAUUGAUAUGCGGAUCAUAUGAGAAAGAAAACGUUUCGAUUAAUGCAUUGAGCAUCGAUCGGGUGUUUCCUUUCUAUAACCCAUCAAAUACACCAUUCAGUCACAACCAAAGCUCACGGAAAAGUUUCUCGAGGGGCAGUCAAAAAAUUCGCCUUUCCAUAGGCACAAACAGUACCUUGAAACCCCACGAUGAAAUUGUAGAAAGCGGAUCGAGCAUUGAAGGAGGACUGUCAUCGCCUAGCCUAAGCAUCGAAAUGGUAGACGAACCUUUGGAAUAUCCAAAGGGAAAUAACGGAAUGUCAUUUUCCUAUCUUGGUACAAGCAAAGUCGACCCUUAUUACAUGAAUGCUAACAUCUAUCCGAAAGAUACAGUACUGGAAGGUCCCAGUUCAUUGAAAAUGCCUGGGGAACCAGAUCUCUAUCGAUUUGAUAAACAUGCGAACAGCUUUACAAAUGAUCUGGACUACUAUCCAUUAGACAACAGUACACACAUAAUAUCAAAUUAUGACGAAGCUGAAAAAGAGGAUUUCACUGUAAAUAGCGCCCAACAACCUGACUAUGCGCCGAAAAUGGGUAACACGGCCAAUGCGAAGCUGGCGCCUCCAAGGAGUAGGCCUACUGUGAGGCCCCAGCGGCGCACCAGUCCAACUGGACACAAACCGCCACCACAACGCAAGUUGUCCAAUAUGACAUCACUUAGCACGGUGGAUCUACACAAAAUGGAGUAUAGCUCAACGACCACGACGACGACGAAACGACAAACUAACCAGACAAAUUCGAAGCUUCGUCGACAGGAUAGCCUGCAGAAUAAAGAGAACAACCAGAAGGAUCGUAACAUCACUGUACAAAUUAUCACAAAACCACCAACAAGAUCGAAAACAGCACUAGAUUUAAGAGCACCACCCAGGGAGUCGGUAGUACCUAAGGCCAAUAGAAUCAGCUAUACAACGGACGAUACAAGUGAAAUUCAAAUGUUAAGUUCAUAUCACGAACAAAUAUAUCAGGAAUUAAGUAAUCGCUAUGCGACACUACAGUUAAUUAGAAAUUCAACAAAGAGUCAGGAUAUUGUGGGUGCCUUAAAGCAAUCACUAAAAAUCAGCGGUCGAUCAGUUUUCGUCGACCUGUUAGGAGCAAUAUUAGAAAAGACAUCAACAUGGAAUUUGGACAUGUGUCUGCUUCUCCUGCCUGAAAUCUACGAGCUUCUUCAAAGUCAACAUAAAUUUCACUACAAUCGUGCAUGUGAUACACUACGAGUCAUUCUAUCUAAUUUCUUGCCAACAAUUCAAGAAAACAUUGAUCCCUGGUCAGCCGGAUCUCUAGGUGUCGAUAUUACGCGGGAAGAACGUCAACGAAAAUGCGUGGAAUGCCAACAGUGGUUACUGCGAAUUCGAAUGAUUCCUGAAAAUCAUGAAAUGGGUUCGACCCUCACACAGCUGCAAAACAUGAUUGUGGGUAUAUAAAUCGUAGAAGCUUAGGUAUUGUGGGGAAUAAGUUCUAAAGUAAUAUUCAAUAUAUUAAAGAGCAAUUACGAAACCUUACUUGUAAUCCUAAUCUAACAUUUGAAGAUAGGUAGAAAGUAAUGAAACUUGUCAAUAAACACCAAACUAAUGGGAGAGAAUAUCUAAAAUGAGGGAGUUCUUUUAAGGAUAAUUUCAUCAUAAAACAGGAAUAGAGUUUUUAACACGAAAAAGUUUGUAAUCCUAAUUUAAGGUAGAUAGAAGUCUUCAAAUGUAACCGUCCCUUUUCAACAAGUACAUGUGUAAUGCGUAAGUGUGUUUACUAUUUCAUUUUAGUUUUUAGGUUAUUUAUUAAUACACGCCAAAUAACAAUAAUUAAUUUCUUGGUCAUUUUUGACAAUGAUACGAGUCAUAAUGGACGAUAAACUCGUUAACGCGUUAACAUUGACUUACUAGCCGAAAAAUAUUUUACGAAAAUUGAAAACAGUAGAUCAUAAUUCGGACGUUUUUUAGAAUGUCAAUGUACCAUUUUAUAUUUUGAUAUGUGCAUUUGCUUUAUGCGUUCUGUUCGUACUUUUCUUGGUCUUUGUACUUCAAAAUUCGAUUCAUAGAAUGAUGAGUUGUGAAAAAGUUUACAUUACUUUAUAUUUUAAACGAGAGAAAUCAAAGAUCUUAUCUAUUACGUUGAAUGUAUGUAUUUCUUGUUUAGUAUUUUUAAAAAGACAGAAACAAUAACAGAUAAUAGAUUUUUAUAUUAAAAUAUUUAUAUUAAUUGCAAUUGAUGUUCAUAAAGAGAAACAUUUUACGUUA